GGGAGGACUGCGAAUCGCUAAGGAACGUCCAUAGAGGUGGCAAGCAGUGUAAUUUUGGCUUACUGUCGGAUGUGUGCUUCUGUUGAAGUGCAGUAGACUAUAGGAACGCUCCUAGAAGAAUUCAUACACACAAACAUCUUCUAUAUCCUUUCUUUUCUGAACAGCAUCGCCUAUUAUUAUUAUUGCAUUGGUGGCUCGUGAUACCUCACCUGACACCAUCUGACAUACCUGUAUACCGAUCAAUACUAAGCCAAUAGCAGACAUGAGAGGCUACUUCGGUCAGUGAGGUAUAAAUGACCGCAACUGAAACAGCGGCACUCGAGAUGCAAAGUGGAUUAGCUCACACAUCAGUCAACACGCCCGUGAGCGAUGAUGAUGGGUACAAUUCGUUCUCGGACGAUGAUGAAACGGAAAGUUCGGGACUUCUUCCUGUAGAUGGUGAGGGAGAAACUACCGACGGAGAUACAUAUACUCAUGCGGACAUGCAAAAUACAGAUAUAGAUACACAGGAUGUACACAGAGAUGCAUAUGAUGAUGACGACGACGACGUCGAAGAACCUGGGUUCACCGUCAAGAAAGAUAACUGGUUCACACGAAAGAGAACAGUGGCGUUGUUGCCAUGGUUGCUUUUUGUGAUGAUGCUCACGUGCCUCUUCCUACUUUUAUCAGUGAUAGUGGGGUGUUGGUUGGGGGCCAUAUAUGCCAGGCAUGCAGCGGCCCAAUUCGACACGUUCUCGGCGAGCAAUAUGCAAGUCACCGGUUUGGGAUACCCCGGGGUUCAGGUGGAAACAGACGUGGCUGUAUGGGGUAUUCCAAGCUUCGUCAGCCUGGAAAUUGAACCGGCGCAAGUGUAUCUCUAUCUACCCACACCCACGAGCGCACACACCGGUGCUGAUGCCGUAGAAGGCGACACCGAGGGUUUGUGCAUACAGCCACCCGUGGUAGAUGCAGAAUCGCAACUAGCGCUUGCACCUUCACCCAUAUCACCAGAUACACGCAUAGACACACACGCGCGCGAGACAACAGACACACACACAGUCACAGGCCUUGGUACGGGCGAUGAUAUGGUGUUUGCUUCACUGUAUAUCCCCCGCAUACAAAUAAACGGUGGCUCGGGGCGUGUGCAUGCGGUUAGUCCGUUGACUUUGCGCAACACCACGCUACUUACACCACAGUUCGCACAGGAGAUGGUCGAUGGCCAACGCGCCGUGUGCUUUGCUACGCGUGUCAGUGUGGGAGUCAAACUACUCUUUGGAAAAGUCAAUCUACUGUUCGAUGUGGACCUGAACAAGCGAGUGUCUGUCAGGGACAAAACCAGUCCUUUUGCGCACGUGAUGCCCUACUCCGUGUAUGAAAUGUUACCGUGGCUACACGCACCCCUGCAUAAACUAGGUUUGGACGCGCCCCUGAAAUGGAUUUUGGACCCAGAAGUGUCUCAUAACAGUUCUGGCGAUGUACAAUCUGCCCUCUCGCAUACGGCACAAACCCAUGCCACACAUCUCUCUGUCUCGGAACAAACGGUAGUGUCCGGUCAAGACGGCAGAGGGCAUGCUACGUACGCGCAAACAUACACAUCCCCAGGCACACCUACAAAGCUACAAGCCACAGUGCACGAGGGUAUGCGCAUGUUGUCUCAGUACAACAGCACAGUGCAGCACGGCGUCGAGUGGUGGCACCGCAACGGAGAAGCAUCUGCCGAACUCUCCAGAGACGUGCUUAGCGUGCUGCUCAAGAAUGAGGGGCGUGCGGAGGAUGUGAUGCAGUUGGGCUCAGGGGUACUGCUGGCGAUGGAGCGAACGGUUGGACCGAAUACCCCCGACUCGGACUUUAAUAAAACCAUCAUGCAGCCAGCAGAACGAGCGCUCAAGCAGCUGGAUUCUGAUUGGGCAGAGUUGGUUUUGGCGGCAAACAGCACAAUUGAGUGGACUGUCGACAAUGCACAGUGGUUGGCGGAGAAUGGUACUGCUGUGAUUGCGUGGACGUAUAAGGAACGAGACUUGACGGGACGGAUUGUGAAGGGGCUCGCACUCUGGGCCAAGCUAAAUGCUGCGUGGUUGGGAAAGCUGCUGUCUACAACCUUCGACCGCAUAGUCAAGCCCAAUUGGGAUCUCCUCGCGCAGAGCAUGGUCGUUGUGGGUGAUUUUGUGCAUGCACAGGCGCCGAGUAUGGUAUGUCUACCCACGUGGGGUAUGCAGAUGGUUGCCCUUGUGAAAAACUUUGAAGAGGCGGGGCCUGUGCCUUGGCUGCAGAACGCCAUGCAGCAAGUAUUGGACGGUGUGCGGAGGGUUACGGCUGAUGUCCAUGGACUGGUGGAUGAAAGGGCCCGCUACCUUUUAACGCACGGGUUGACAUUGGCUGACUUCCUGUAUGGCUCUGCCGGUUCGUUAGCCAAUCUUUUGAAUACCAUUUACGAUGUUGGUGACGCCAUCCUGCGAGUAAAUGUCAAGGAGGAGUGCGUCAAUGCCGAGUUCGAAUUUCAGGGCUUUUUCACAGACCCGCAAGAGGUUGUGGGGGGCAAACUGAACCACACGCUAAGUGUUUGGUUGUCGGACCUCAUCAAUAGAUUCUUGACUCUCUGGAUGAACUUUCGGAAAGUUGUAAAGACCGAGAUCAUGAGCUCUGUAGAACUUCGUGCCGCAGAGACGGUGAUCAGUGGUUGUAAAGCCGCGGGUAUCGAUCUGGAACAGAUUAUUAAGGACGAGGUCGGUAGCAUUGCGGCCUAUAUAUUCUCCAACCUCUCUCCUCAGAGUCUUAUCAAGGUUCUUGUUUGGGGAAAGAGCAAUAGUAUGUUCGAGGGCUACCUAGUGGCCAUCAUACAGAAGGUGGUGAGCCAUUGGGACUUGGGAAGCCUCAUGUCUAAGCUGUAUCAGUAUGCGCGUGUGGUAGUGGCGUACAAUAACGCGGUGGUGGGUGCUAUCUGGAAGCAUAUCGAUCACCCGGAGAUUGCGGCGAAUACCUACUUGGCCGAUGAGAACUUACGCAACGGAUAGCAGAAGACUGAGCAAUGGUGCUGAUGGUCUCCAUCGGUGUAGAUUGAAAUUUUCUCGUAUUUGGACACUUUCGCGCCGCCCCUGGGCAGUCACUACUCAUACAUUUUAAUGGCACCCCUAGAGGCGCUGCAGACUAUACCAGUUCAAAUACUCGUGUGUGCACACAUUGCAAGCAUGGCAGCCCCUCUCUAUGUCUCUCGUUAUCACUCACCCACGUAACUAACGCAAGCGUGGCACAAGUUGUAUGUCUAAACCGAUGUGUACAUGUCCUCUCAGUCAUGGAUAUAGACUAUGAUGACACUACCAAACACGCUCAGGACAUCUGAGGGGUGACUUUCUUCUCGAGCUUGGUCUGUAGUGCUGUCUAGAGCACAGGGAUACUUAGGUUAUCUUCGUCAUAUUCGCUACCGACCGGCUCAGGCACAUCUGCUAACGGACAAUGCUGGUACAUCCCUUGGCUCCGUGGCUCGAAGCUCGCAGGUGCAAGCAUGCAAAUUUAUAUACACGCUAGUAUAGACAGUUUGGAACGGUUUGUCGGCUGUGAAGCAUCUUCAUACGAGGUCAUGUGGUGUGCUCGUCGUACUGGCCCACACACUGGUGAGUGUCAUCUGGGUGGUAGCUCUACUCGACAUCUAGGUGGUAGUUCUACUCGACAGUAUCGUCGCUGUGUAACUGUGACACCGAAUGGUAUACCCUGUGACUCUCACUUUUGUUUGCAGGCUGCUGUCGUGUGCUGUCUGACGUAGAGUAUCUAGGCUCUGGAGCAUCUCUCCUCGAUACUUAAAUCGCACUUGGAUGACCAGAGUACCACGUGCCAGUACUUUACAUCUGUUUCUGUAAUCUCAUUCCUAGCAUGCGUGAGGUGUGAAUGUUUGCUACCAUCGACAGUCCUGCUGUCUAAUUUGCGCUUUUAAGUUACGUGCGGUUUGAGUUUCGUAGCAUACUUCUAUAUACCGCAGCGUCGCCAGAACUACAAUGAUCCCCAGGUCCCAAACUCUUUUUUAAUAAAGACUCACGCUCCUGCCCACUCACUGGCUGUGUAGAAUAUGAUGCACGCCUCAUACUACCGGCGUAAAUGAAGGCGGUAUGCCCUAUUUGAUUUCCC